CAACUGUCGAGUCCUUGCGACAAUCCCGAGGUCUCUGAUUCCUAGCUUUCCCUGUUUCUCCAGAGGUCUUCCAUGCACUCACAUGACACACUGACCAGGUUUCUGGUUUCGGAAAUGCUUAGUUCGGAAAUGGGUCGGUGUCUUCUUUCCAACGGGUUGUCAUGACUUGACCAGAAGCUCACCGGAGCACGACCAUUAUAGGUUCCUUUUCAUCGCCAGGAACCAUCAUUCACCUACAGAGAGCUGCGAAUAUUUCGAACAGAAAUCUCAUUAUGGGAUCUCCAAGCCGUUAUCUAUAAAAAGUUCGCAUAUUCGACAGAAGAGGUGCAAGAGUGCGGAGGCGGAUUUAUAUACGUGGUUAUUUAUCGAUUCGGCUAUUCAACGCCUCGAGAAGAUGAGCAAAAGGAGGGGUAGAGCCUCCAAGACGGAGGCUAGCAAUGUUGCGAUUGCGGACAUAAACGACCCAGUGACGAACAUAUUGCGAGGGAUUUGGGAUAAAGGCAAGCAUGAUUCCUCGAGCCAACAAAACGACUGGAAGGAGUGGAUAAGCCUUGCCGAAAAGCAUCUCAAAUCCUCCACAACGCAAGCGACACGUCAGCACUCCUCAGCUGAUGUCAGACAACCCAAGCGAACCCGCAACAGCAAACCUUCAUCCAGCCGCGACGACAUUGAAAACCAAGACAUCUCUUUCAAAACUUCAACGGCCAUUUCCUUCACAACACAGCAGCUUCAACAGCUAUACCGCUACACCAAGCAAGCCAGCUCGCAACCGUUAGAGGCGACCCCAGCUGUUUCGUUACAGUUUCCGAACCCAUUUCCGAGGAAUGAAUCCGUUAAGGGGAAAGGCGGCGACGUGGUUAGUGCUCUCUUCGUCACACCUGCAGCAGCGGAGGAUAAGGAGAACCAGGAAGAUCACAGCCAGAUCCGACGAUCAACCCGUUCGCGAUCUACCCGAAAAGGCCUUGGUCCGGUUUCCCAGCCUUCCCCAGAUGCCCCUCCUUCAGGACCGCCUCCCAGCCGUCGAUCUUCCUCCAGAUCCCGGGGGACGAAGAUCCAACGGACGCAGACGGCUCCAUCCGAUGAGCUCGCGGAGAAGAUGGAACGGGUGCAGCUGGCGUUCAAGGCGAUGGAUGCUAACGAGGUGACUCAAAACGCGGAUAGAGGAGCAACGGCUGGUUCUGCUGAUCAAGUCUGCGCCGGCAACGUUGGCUCCCAGAGGGUUACUCCUGUGGAAGACACUGACAAGAUGGCAGACGCAGACAACACGGGAGAUCGACUGGGAUCAGAGGAUAAGGAAGCAGAUCGUCCCACGAAGCAGCAGAAGGGGAGAGGGAGAGGACGGAAGGUGUCGAAGCCUGCUUUGGCAAGCAUCCCUUCGGAUGCACCUGAAGAGGAGGACGCGGUAGCAGCUGAAGCUGCCAACGAAGUUGCUAUUGCGGAGGAGGCAGCAGGCGGAGAAGGUACGAUGGAAGUCCAGGAGGAGGUGGAGGAGGUUGUGGCCGCUGAGAAAACAGAGGUGGCCACGACUGACGUUCAGACUUCAACGGCCUUCAAACGUGGAGGCGCAAGGGGAAGCAAAGGCAAGAAGGCAACGGUUCCUGAAGCUGUUGAAGCUGUUGAUGAGACUAGGGAGGAAGUGACGGCGCCAGUUUGUGAGGCAGCGGCGAUAGACAGAGAGGUUGCGCCGGUUGUGGGGAGGCGAACCACUCGAGCCUCGGCCAGAGCUGCUGCGGCUGGUGGUGGUGGUGGUGGUGUUGCCAGCCAACUUGCGCCGGCUGCUGCGCAGCUGCCGCCUCUGCCUCGCCGGGGUCGACCAAGGAAGGCUCAGAAGGAAGCUGCCGUGCCUGGUAAGUUUUCGUCGCCCUACUCUUCUGCACUCCGUAUUCCAUUGCUGCCUUCUUGCAUCUGGAGCUCGCCUGUUGAUUUGCUUUCACUUUCUACCUGCGCAGAACCUGCUGAAGCUCCCCUGUCCGUCCCUGCUGAAACGACCCUGCCCGUCGAUCCGGCUCCAGUGAAAGCUCCCGCAGUGAAGAGGACGACGAGAGGUAGGAGGAAAGCAACAGAGGCAACGCCGGCAGCAGACAUUGGCAGCAGCAGUUGCAGUGGCUCGGACGCAGCUGCUGUGCCUGGAGAAGCGUCUCUUCACGUGAAACCUCCUCCCAGGAAGCUAGUAAAUGUGGCCGUUAGCACCGGUGAUGCCUCUGACUCUUCCUCCCCUGAACGUACGGCUAGUGCCUCAGCUGCUGCUGCUGCUGCGGAUGUUGCUGGUGGUGGUAAGACCAUUGGCGCAUGUGCUGUUGUGGCACAGCGGGAGUUUUCCAGCCAAAUGGGUGCUGAUGUAACGAACGAGAAGGAGCAGGAGGAAGCGAGGGAAGAGGAUGACAGCAUGGAGGUCAAUGAGGUGGUCGAAAUGGUGGCCGAAGAGACUGCAGUGGCGGCUGCAGUACCUGGAGAAGUGACGGAAGGGACAGAAGAGACGCCUUCUACUGCGGCUGCUGACGCAGAUGGUGCUGUAGCAAUGGCUGCUGAAGUUGGUGCUGCUGAUUUAACGGCUGGUGAUGCAGGCAAUGCUGCACCAUCGGCUGCUGAUGCUCGAGAAGCCGAUCUUGUUUGCGCAGCUGCUGAUGCACAUGCUUCCGCACAAACGGCUGCUGGUGCCGACGGUGCUGCACAAAUGACAGCUGAUGCUUGCGCUGAUGAAAUAGAUCUUGUCUCUGUCCUCUCUGACUCCACUAGUGGUGAUGCCACUGGGGACACUGGGGCCGACGGUCAGGAGGUCACUGGGAACUUCCAGCAUGCGGAGUUUGCGGACCUGAGUGAGCAAAUGGUGGGUGGUGAUGAAGACGCGACCAUGCUGCAAGCAGCGGACAUUGGUGUGGAGGUGUCAGCAACCGGUCAACAUGCGGAGCUUGGGGACCUUAGUAGUGAGCCAAUGGAUGGAAAUGAUGAUGCGGGCAUACUGAAAGCGGACGACACUCCAGCCGCCGUUGCUGCAGAGGAGACAGAGGAAGGGGCAGCAGUUGAGAUCAAGUCAGAAGGUGAAGCUGAGGCAUUGAUGGAAGUCGAGGAGAGGGAUCGCGUGCGAGUAGCAGCUUCUGCUGCUGAGGUGACUGAGGAAGGCGAAGUGGACACUGUUAAGUGCCCUCAUGCGCCUCAAGUAGGCGAAGGUGAAGAAGUUGAGGAAGCUGAGGAAGCUGAGGAAGGCGAAGUGGUCGCGGCUGAGUGCCCUGUGGCGCCUCAAGACACGGAAGCUGGGGAAUACCAAGCAGGUGCUGCAGAGUGUGAGGAGGAGAAGGCAGCGUGUGCUGCUGAGCUGGAAGUUUUGCCUACCGCGGAGCCUAGCAAGGCAGCUACACCGAAGCGGGACGUGAAUGGCAGCUGUGUGGUCGGAGUGCUGGAAUUCGCAAUGGGAGCAGCUGACAAGCUCGUGACUCCGACGCAGGGUGACGUAGCCCUUGUACCUGAGGAGGCUGUAGCAGCAGACGACAUUGUCGCGCCAGAGGAAUCUGUAGCAGGAUUGGCGGAGAGGGCUGAGGGAGAGCGGGAGGAGGAGGUCGAGGAGGAGGAGGAGAAGAAGGUAGAGGAGGAGGAGGAGGAAGAGGAAGCAAUGGAGGGUGUAGGCACGGAGGUAGACAUGGGUAUCAAAGCAGGGGAUGAGGAGCAGUGCAUUGAGGAAGAAGAAAUGGGUGGUACUGGUGCAGAGGGUGCCUCGCACUUAGAAGGGAUAACGGAGGAGAAGCUAGUGUCGAGAAUAGACGAAGGCGAGGAGGAGGGUUCUGGAAGGACAGAGCCUUCCAACGCUGAUGCUGCCCUUAUGGAAACGCCCGAAGCUGACGCUUCUGUGUUACAAUCGCCUAAAGCUGACGCUGGCCUGUUAGAAUCUCCUAAACCUCAGGAGGCUGCUGGAGAAGGUUCUUCACCACAGGCCACCAUCCUAGUGGAAGAGGAGCUUCUAGAGAACAGGGAAGCGAGAGGAGGAGAUGACGGAGAGAGUGAGGCUGAAGACAUGGAGAUUGAGGAGGAAGAGGGGGUGGAGGGGGUGGCUGCAAGGGCCGUGACUGAAUAUGACGAGGAGUUGGAUGCGGUGGAAACUGCGGGUUCAGGAGGAGCAGAGGAUUUGGAAGCAGUAGAGGCGCCAGAAGCGUCCGAAGGUUCUCUGGAGGUGGUAGAGGAGCCAGGAGCGUCAGAGGGAUCAGAGGCAGCAGAACUACUGGGGGAAGUAGAGGCGCCAGAAGCGUUCGAGGGAUCAGAGGCAGCAGAACCGCUGGAGGUUGUCGAGGCCAUAGAGAGCAGCCCAGGCUCGGUGGGUGAGCCAGUUGGCGCACAGGCAGGAGAUGAGGCGCUGCACUGGGACGAUGAUCCAGCGGCUGAGGAAGAGCAGCAACGGGAAAUGGGGAGGCAAGAGCCGCAGGAGGAGAAGGAAGAGGAGGCGAGAGUGGAUGUAAGCGUAGAGGGCGUGAGGGAGGAGAGGGAGGAGGAGGAGGAGGAGGAAGCACAAGUGAGUGAAGGCAUGGUUCAGGACGGCAGUGAGCAAGCACCAGACGAAGAGCACGCAGCUGUUGGGGAAAAGGGGUUGGAUUCUAAGGUGCUGGAUUUUGCUGACAAAAGCUUGGAUGUGGAACAGGCAUGCUCAAGCCCGAGCUGUGGGAGGGAAGAGAAGACCAUCCAUGGCUUCGCUUUUGACACGGUAGAGCAAACGUUCCACGGGUUUCCCCUGGAGAGAGAGGAGCACACCAUCCAUGGGCUCCGGGUGCUCCGCAGUAGCAGCAGGCUAGCGGCUAGCACAAGGAAAUCUCCCGCUGCUAGUGCCGGCAAAGCGACACGCAGCCGGACAAGGGGUAAGGCUAAUAACGCGUACAGUACAGCCAGUGCUGCUCGGACUGGUAGGAGAAGGGGUCGACGGCAGGUUGUGACUGACUUGGAUGAAGGCGCUGCUUCUCUUAGCUUCGCUGCUGCAGGGGCUCUCAUGGAGGAGGCUGGUGGGGAAAAGGCUGAUGCUGCUGUGGAUACUUCUGAGGCGCCUCCAAAGUCACCUGAUGCUGCUGUGGUGGAAGUGCCGUGUGAGACGGACGAGGAGGUGGUGGAGGUGGGAGCGACGGUGAAGGAAGGGGAGACGGAGGAAGAGGUGGAGAAGGAUGAGAGGGAGGAGACGCUUCACGGGAGCGGGAAGAGGCUGAAGUUGGGAGGCCAGGAGCUGCCCAGGAGGGUGGUGGGAAGGAGGGUCGAGACUGAGCAGGGGGGAAAUGUUGAGGUUGUGGCGGAGAGGAGCCAGGAGAAAGAGGAGCCUGGGAGAAGCAUGAAGGUUGCUGAGGCUCAAGAAGAUUCCGGGGCUACAGCUUAUAGUGAGGACGGGGAUGGUGAGGAGAAGGCUGGUGAGGCUAAGGGAGCUCCAGGCAGGACGAACUGUGUGCUGACUCGGCUGAGAGCGCAGGGCGCUGCUGCUGCGUUUGCAGGCGCAUGCUCUGGGAGGGGCGUUGAGGAAGGGAAGAGCAGGGCGGAGGGGGAUGAGAUUCUGCAGCAGCUGCGGAAUAAUGGCAGGAUGAAGCGACUGAGAGGGGCGGGAGGUGUGGUGGGUGCAGGUGGAGGAGGAGGAGGGUUUUUUGCCGAGUUGAGAAACGCCCUGGCUAGGCGCAGAGGGAGUGAGGAGCAGGAGGAGGGGGAGGAGGAGGGGGAAGAAAGGGAGGGAGAAGCGAUGGGAGAUGAGACAGGUGGAAAGAAGGGUGAAGACGGACUUGCAGAGACGGAGAGUGACAGGGAGGAACAGGAGGGGGGGUUUGCUUCGGGAAGCGGUGGCUUUAUUCGGAAUAUGAGCCGUGAGACUGAGAAGGUCGAGGUUCAAGCAGCCGUUGAGCAGACUCCUGGAGAGGAGAAAGGUCCUAUGCUGGCGCCAGAGCUUGAUACGAGGGAGGAUGAGAAAGAAUUCGAGGAUAGGGAUGAGGGAGAGGGAGAGGAGGGAGGCAAGGAGGGCGAGGGGUGGAAGGAGGCUGCGGCACUGGCGUGUGCUGAGGAACCUUGGCAGGGGGAUGGGAGAGAACAGGAGGAGGAGGAAGAGUUAGAAGAGGAGGCACCUAAGGAGGGAGAGGAGGAGGGAGAGGAAGAAGAUCUGGAGGAGGGAGAGGAAGAAGAUCUGGAGGAGGGAGAGGAAGAAGAUCUGGAGGAGGGAGAGGAAGAAGAUCUGGAGGAGGGAGAGGAAGAAGAUCUGGAGGAGGGAGAGGAAGAAGAUCUGGAGGAGGGAGAGGAAGAAGAUUUGGAGGAGGAGGAGAUCGAGUGGAUGGAUGGUCAGUGCCUGGUAGCUGAAGGAGACAAAGGUGCUUGUGAUGAGGCAGAGGCUAAAGGCCCUUGGGAUGCUGAUGCUGCUGCCAUUGAUGAUGUGGAUGCUGCAGCUGAUGACAUGGAUGUUGAUGCGGAUGACGUGGAUGCUGCAGCUGAUGAUGAGGCUUGCGAGGGACAUCGGGACGAGAGCCAUGAUGGAAGGGAUGGGGAUGAUGGGUGUGAUGGGAACGAUAGAGAUGAUGAUGAAGGGGAGGAGGAUGUGUGUGCAGGGGAAAGAGAGAGCUUCCUUUCAGCAGCUGAUGAGCUGCAGAAGGAAGGAGGAGAAUGUGUUGCCAUGACGAGCGACAAGGAGGAGGGGGAAGAGGAAGUGGAGGAAGAGGAGGCGAAUGAGGAAGAAGAGGAAGAGGAGGAAUUGGAGGAACAGAGCAAGGAGCAGGAGAGCGAGGCGGUAGACCAGGGUGCUGAUGCUGAUGCCGAUGCGGAUGCGGAUGUGGAUGUGGAUGCAGAUGCGGAUGCUGCGGAUGCUGGUACCCCUCAUACCAUGGAUGCUGUUGAUGGUGGAGCUGAAAGGAAGGACGACCAUGUCUCUACAGCCACAGAAAGUUCCAUUCCACAGGCAUUCAGAACCCCCGCGCUGUCGAACCUAGUCAGCAGGCUUCCAAGCUCCACCUCAGGACUCCAAACCCCGGCCUUCGAGCCAGAAUUGAGAUCAGCAGUCAACUGCGCCUCACAGGCUGAGAGUUCUGCUGCACAGCAAGCACUACCAGUACCAGGGUCAGUAGCAGGGUCAGCAGCAGCAUUUUCUUCUGCCUCAAGAUCCAGGAUAGUGGGCCAAGGAGGGAGGAUCGUAGGAGCCUCUCGGAUUCUGGGUGGGGGGGUCAUUACAGGAGGGGUGAAACCAGCUGUUGGUGCUGGCAAUGCGGCUGGCAGCGGUGUUGGGGCGAGUGACGGAAGGAGUGUGGUGGGUGGUGCAGGGAGCACUGUAGCAGCAGCAGUAGGGGCAGCAGGAGCAGUGGGAGGAGGAGUAGCACCAGGAGCAGUUGUAGGACCGCGGUUUGCGUCUUCAAUCACGUCGUUUGUGUCUCUGAUUAAGAAGGCCCAACCGGCCCCACCCCCUCCUGCCUCGGGUAAGCAGGCUGUCCAGGUGAAGGCGCUAGCAGCAGCUGAGGCAGCAAGGCUGGAAGCAGAGCAGAAGGCAGAGGAGAGGCGGCAGAGGCGAAUCGCGCUGGAGAAACGGCGAGAGGAGCGAGGAAAAGAGAAAGCGGAGGAGAAAGAUGGCGUUUCAGGGGCAGGAAGGGGUGCGGCAGGGCGGAAGGUGCUGGAGCGAGGGGUUGCAGAUCACCCCCCUGCAACUCCUAGGGGCUCUGGUAGAGUGAGUGUGGCUGCUUCUGGUGCUGCGGAGGAGAGGGGAACGGGUGUUAAGAGCAGAAUGGGGCGGAAGGUAGAGGUGGGGGUGAGUGAGAGUGAGGGCGUGCAAGGGAAGGUGCAGAAGGCGAUGCAGGCAAGGAAGGAAGCGGAGGAGGAGAAGACGAGGAAGGAGAGGGAUGAGAUGGAGAGGGCGAAGGUAGGGGAGAAGAGGAGGCGAGUGGAAGAGGCGGCGAAGGCCAAAAAGGAGAUGGAGGAGAAAGCGAGGCAAGAGCUUCUGGAGAAAGAGCGGCUGCGGAAGGCCAAGGAGGAGGAAGAGAGGGCCAAGAAGGCAGCAGAGGAAGAGGCAAAGCGGCAGAAACGGGCUGAGAGGGAGAGGGAGGCCGAGAAGAGGAGGAAGGAGGAGGAGCAGCAGAAGGCGGCGAAGCUGGCUGAGAAGGAAGCGGAGAGGAAGAGGCGGGAGGAGGCAGCAGAGGCGGAGAAGAGGCGGAAGGAGGAGAUGGCUCUGCAGCACAGGAAGGAGCACAAGGAGAUGGAGAUGAGGAGAAUGCAGGAGGCCAGAAAUGGGGUGACGCAUGACCCAGCAGCAGCAGGAGCAGCAGGAGCAUCAACAGGAGGCCCUGUUAGCAGCGCACACACAUCUUCCCACCACCCCUCCAUCUCCAACCCUUCAUCCGCCGCCCCUUCCUUCACCUCCUUCCUCGUUCCAGGCAACCGCCCACCCAAGCUCUCGGGUGUUCUUGUAGGGGGUGGACUUGUAUCGAAAGGGCCUGGCAGUAGCAGCGUGGAUGUGAGGCUCAGUGAUCUGCGGUCGAAUCACCAGGCUGGCUGGAAAGCAAGCAUGAACAGUGCCAGGCCCAGUGGCGUGAACAGUGGGAGUAUGGCUGGCAAUUCUCGUCUCACCUCUGGGAUUGCAGGGCUGCAGAGUACUGGGAUCAGCACCCUUGGCAACAGUAACAGUAGCAACAGCCUGCUUAGUUCCAGCUGGGACGAUGGGAAGGGUGGCGUGCGUUGGAGCGAUGUGCGAUCGGGUGGCACAGGCGCCAUGUCGGUAGGAGCUGCAGUGGGAGCGGCUGGGGGUUCUGCUAUGAGACCUCCUCCUCCUAAAUUCACACUGUGUGGUACCAGUAGCGGUGGUAACAGUGGUAACAGCAAUGUGGUAACCACACUGGGGUCAGGAGGAGGGGCUGGAUUGGUGGGACUGGGAGGAGGCGUGUUGAGGGCAGCAGGAGCAGGGGCAGCAGGAGCAGGAGGAGCAGAGGGAAUGGUGUUUCGGUCGCGACUGACAGAGACGCUCACUGGAAGGCUCACAGAGGAUUGUAAUGGGCGGGAUGGGGGAGGGGCGAAGAGCCUAGCCGCUGGUGGUGCUGCCAAGAGUCUAACCGGUGGCACGUUCAUUGCUAUGCCCAAGCCAGGCACUGCCUCUUUCCUCUCAGGCACACCUGCUGGUGCUGCUAGCUCUGCUGCUGAUGGUGCUAACUCUGCUGCUAGUGCUGGUGGUUUGAUGCCUAGAGCACAAGCACCAUCGCUUGCUGCUCCCAAGGUAGUGGUUGCCCAAGGCGGUUGGAUCCGCGCUGGGACUGGUGGCAGUGGCAGCAGUAGCAGCAUCGCUAACUCCUCCUCGCUUUUGACUGCCGGGCUGACCAAUCCUGGUUCUGCUUCCUCCGCUACUGCUCCUUCUGCUCGUGCUUCUGCAGCUGGUGGUGCACCUGCUGCCCCUGCUGCUGCUGCUGCUGCUGCUUCUGCAGCUGCUGCUGGUGCUACUACCUCUGCUGCUGCUGCAGGUUCCUCCUUACCUAGGCCCUCGGCAACCCCUCAGGCAUCAACGGGUGUUGCUACUCUUAAGGAGUGGACAAAAGAGGAGACGGGUGGUGCAGGGAAGGCAGGCGUGCAAGGGAAUGGAGGGUUGGCAGCUGGUGGCACGUCUGCUGGGCUUGGCGGUAGAGCAAGAGCAGGAGGAGCUGGUACACAGACUGCUGCAGCUGCAAUUGCGGCAGCAGCAGCAGCGUCAGCAAAGGCUGCUGUUGCUGCUGCAAAAACGGUGGGGGCUGGACUUAAAUCCCGGAUUCCUGUGUCCAGCCAAGCAAGGGCACAGGUGGAGCCGAAGCAGAGCCAGCAGCAGCAGCAGCAGCAGCAGCAGCAGCAGAAGCGGAAGGGUCAGGAGGCAAGUGCCAGCCAGGAGAGAGUCCUUAGAAGCACUUUCAAAGCACGUGGUGCUGCUGCCAAUGCACCCAACUCUAGUACCGCCAAGGUGACUGCUGCUGGUGCUGCUGCUGCUGGUGGCAGGGCGCCUGCUGACUCCCAAACUGGCUUUACUCGCAGUUCAGUUAAGCAAGCAGCCAAGGAAAUUGCUGCUAAGCUCAUUUCAACCCCUUCUUCCUCCUCCACUCGCUUCCGCACUGCUGGGGUGUCUCACACAUCAGAAAUAAGUUCUCCAGCUUCCCGUAGCAUCACUGUAGCACCUCCCGUUACAGGCACCCCUCCAGACAGUCACAGCUCGCCGGCCAUUGCCUCUGGCCCCAUGUUACCAGCUCCAGGCAGCCAAUCAGGAGCGUUGUUACCUGGUAACCUGGACCAUGUGAUCUUAUCUCCUUCAGUAACUCCCAGGAGGUCUAAGAGGAAGAUAGCUCCCGGGGCUGGGACUAUCACGGCAGCAGCUGAAGCGGAGGGGAUACGGUCUUAUCAGAUGACUCCGGAUAGGAUAGAUUCGGAUGAGGAGGAUGAGGAUGAGGAGAGGGAGCGACGGGCGAAGAAACCGAUUCCUGCGUGGGCCAGGUCGUUAAAUGUGAAUGCACAAGUGCAGAAGCAGCAGAAAAUGGAUCCAGAUGUUCUCUUUGGCAGUUCCAACACCACAUGCAGCCUGAGAGAAGUGUUUGGCAUUACCAAGCGGGGCGUGGACCGGCGAGGUGACACGGGUGACUGGAGCCGGGACUGCGUAACUUGGGAGGAGGAGGUUGAAUAUAAGAAGCAGAUGGGUUUCUUGAAGGCAGACUGACUGUAGCUAUUAAUCUGAGGAAGUGUGGAUAGGCGUGUGAGCGAGGUGACUAGUCAGAUAGAAUUACGAGACUGCUCUUUGUAGUACUAAGUGUCAUGUAGGUGUGGACUGUAGGGCUCAAAUGGCAUGAUGAGACGUUUGAGUCAUGCCAAUAUGACUCUGGAACACGUGGUAAUUUAUACUGUGCCUCAUUCACACUCGAUGUGAAUUCGCGGCUUAAAUAUUUUUAU